GUAAUGCACCCUUUUUCGCUGGUUUGCCAAACCGCCAUAAAACACCAGAAGAAGACGACGAAGAAGACGCAGAAUGCAGCGCUGCAGUGAAAUGGCAGAAGCCAUUAUUUCAUUGGGCGAGGAUCAGUUCAGCUGUCCGAUCUGUCUGGAUCUACUGAAGGAUCCAGUGACCAUCCCCUGUGGACACAGCUACUGUAUGAACUGCAUCACCGACUGCUGGAAUCGAGAUGAUCAGACGAGAGUUUACAGCUGCCCUCAGUGCAGACAGACCUUCACUCCAAGACCUGCUUUAAAUAAGAAUGUGAUGCUGGCUGAAAUGGUGGAGAAAUUGAAGAAGACAAAAGCCCAAACAGCUCGUCCUGCUCUGAGUUACUCUGGACCUGGAGAUGUGGAGUGUGACGUCUGCACAGGGAGAAAGUAUAAAGCUGUCAGGUCUUGUCUGAUGUGUCUAAACUCUUACUGUCAGUCUCAUCUAGAACAACAUGACAGUUUCUUUAAAGAUAAGAAACACAGUUUGAUUAAUGCCACUGGACGACUCAAGGAGAUGAUCUGCUCUCAACAUGACCGACUGCUGGAGGUUUACUGUCGCACAGACCAACUAUGUAUUUGUUUGUUGUGUACAAUGGAUGAACACAAAAAUCAUCACACUAUUUCAACUAAAGCAGAGAGGACUGAGAAACAGAAACAGCUUUGGGACAUAGAAAGAAAGUUCCAGAAGAGAAUCCAGGAAAGAGAGAAGGCGAUUCAGGAGCUGAAAGAGGCUGUGAAGACUCAUAAACACUCCGCACAGGCAGCAGUAAAGGACAGUGAGAGGAUCUUUAAUGAACUGAUCCGCUCCAUUGAGAGAAGCUGCUCUGAGGUGAUACAGAUGAUCAGAGAUCGAGAGAAGGCUGAAGUGAGGCGAGCUGAGGGACUCUUAGAGCAACUGCAGCAGGAGAUUGAUGAUCUGAGGAGGAGAGACGCUGAGCUGAAGCAGCUUUUACACACAGAAAACCACAUCCAUUUCCUGGAGCGUUUCCAGUCUCUCUCUGUUCCUCCUGCGGCUAGAGACAACAUAAAUGUUACUUCACUUCUCUCUUAUGAUGAUGUGGAUGAAUCUGUCUCUAUGCUAAGAGAGAAACUUGAGGACCUCUGCAAGGAAGCAACAGAGAAUAUAUAUGUAAUACCACACAUGGAGAUUGUUACCACCUCUGAACUCAGGACCAGAGAUGAGUUUUUGCAAUAUUCCUGCCAACUCACCCUGGAUCCGAACACUGCACAUAAAUAUCUCUGUCUGACUGAAGGCAACAGAGUGGCUACAUUUAUUGGGGCUGAUCAGCAGUAUCCUGUUCAUCCAGACCGAUUUCAUGGUUUUUCUCAGGUGUUGUGUCGAGAGAGUGUGUGUGGACGCUGUUACUGGGAGGUGGAGUGGAGUGGGAUGGCUGGUGUGGGAAUAUCAGUGUCGUAUAAGAGCAUCAGCAGGAAGGGGGGAGGUUUUGAGUGUGUAUUUGGAUUUAAUAAUCAGUCCUGGAGAUUGUCCUGCUCUGACUCCAGGUGCGCAUUCAGACACAAUCAGAAAACAAUUAAACUCCCUAUAUUCUACAGUUCAUCUAGAAUAGGAGUGUAUGUGGAUCACAGAGCAGGGAUUCUGUCCUUCUACAGAGUCUCUGACACAAUGACCCUCAUCCACAGAAUCCAGACCACAUUCACUCAACCACUCUACCCAGGAUUUGGGAUCAAUUUUGGAUCAACACUGAAGCUGUCAUCUGCAGAGAUUCUGUGAAUAAUAGUGUCAUACUUCAGGUUGAAGCAUUCUAGUAAAAAGGAAUGAUUAUAUGUGGUUAGCUCCCUCCAUCUUUCCAGUGACAAUCCCGAGUACAGUUUACCAAACUAGAAAGUGGAUUCAUUAAAUCCCUCACUACAACACAAACUGUACAGGAAACCGUCUGUCCAAAGCGAUACAAAGGAAAACUUUUUUUUUGUGUGUGUGUAAUUGUAAUUAAGAUCUGUUCUGUAACACUAUGCAAUGAAUGAUGAUUAGAGAUGAAAAUGCUUUGCUGACAAUGACAACUAAUCAUAUUGCAGCUAUACAAAGCAAAAUAACACUAAAGCAUUUUUACUGAUUUGUCUGUGUAUUUCAUUUAUGAUUACCAUUUUAAUUUAAAUGAUCUGAAAAUAUUAUGUAUGUGCACUGUAAUAGUAGUAUUUUGAGUUUAGACAUCACAUUU